GUUACCACAGAGACUCUUUAAUACACCAUAAGCUCCAGAGACUUCAACACUUAUCUUCCUUUCAGAAGUGAUCCUUUGCCAGAGAAGGGAAUUGAUAAUGUCUACAGAGCAGGGAGCCAAGAAACGGCACCACAACCCAGUGGACAGCAUAUGCAGGAAGAUCAAGUCCAUCCAGAUGAUGGACCAGGUCUCUAACCCUGCUUUGCAGAUCCCCAAGUUCCAGUCCAGGAGCUUCGACAGCCCACAGUGCAACGUCAGAAAGAAUCUGGAAGAAAUACUGAAAGGCAGGACUUUCAGAAGUCAUGAUGGCACCAGCCCAGCUUUAAUCAGCCCCAGCAAUGACAGUGUUUUCUCUGCAAACUCGUCCCCUUCUCUCGGGCCCCUCUCGGACUCCUCUGCUGCAGGUGCCACCUUCACAGUCGUUAAAAGCAAUGAGAGAUCCAGCAACCCCUGGGCUCCAGGAUGUGCCAGGGAGGACUGUUCUCCGUUCUGUUUUGGACCCCAGGAGGCCAAUGCUCCCAACAAACCGCGUGCUUUCUCAAAGCUUGAAUCUGAAGAUGUGCGUCAUAAACAGAAUUAUCUCACAUCGAGUCCAAAUUUGUAUUUCUUCACGUCUGAGAAAAAGCUAGACAGUGCUGGGGUCCAGCCUCCUGUGCCAAAGGCAUUUCCUUUAAGUGAAAGAGGAGAGAGGCAGAUACUGGAGUUCAAAUCCGAUGACGUGAGCUUGAUCUCCGAGGAGGACCUGCUGACCACAAUCUUCUGGGCAUGUGACACAGAACACACAGGAAAAGUGGCAGUUUCCAAGAUAGUCGAUUAUUUGAGGCACACGACUAGUCGGGGAUCAGAGGACAGUGGUCUUGAAGAGCUGUGCAACAUGCUGGACCCAGAUCAGAAGGACAUCUCCAUGGACCUGGAAACGUAUCAUGCAGUCAUGGGAGAGUGGAUCGAAGACCGCAAGAGAAAGUGGGAAGAUAGUGCCACUGGGGAAUCAUCAGCAAGCCUGGAAGACCUGGAAUUGCCAGCACCUAAAAACAUCUCGGAAGCAAAAAAGACACAUGCCCGGAUGAAUGUUACAUCAGGAAGCCUGGAGGCCUUUGGGGGUGAUGUGUCUAGAGGAGACAUGGAGACUUCUGACCUGAUAACCUGUGUUGCUGACCUGCAGUACAAAACCCAUAAGCUUCAGGAAGAGAACAACAAGCUGAAGCUCACACUGGAAGCUGUGGAUGAGACCAGCAGCAAGCUGCUGGCAGAUAAUGAGCAUUUACAUCAACAAAUUAAAAGCAUCCAGCACUAUGUGUUGAAAGCCAAAUCACUGGAAGAAGAACUGGAAGAUGCAAGGAACAAUCUGAACCUGUCAGAGGAGAGGAGAGAGCAGGUUCUCUGUCAGAACAAACAACUAGAAAAAGAGAAUCAGUCUCUCAGCAUCAAAGUUACUUCUCUCCAGGAAGAGAAUAUUAGGAAUAGCAUGGACACCGACGGGCUGCAAAAGAAGAUCUUGGAGCUGUCUAAAAACGCAGCAGAGCUUCAAAUCCAGGUAAAUCUCUACGAGAGCACUGUGGUGAAUAAAGAGGCAAGCUUGGUCCAGAAGGAGCAGGACAUCAAGGAACUGAAGUUAACCAUUGUGGAGUGUUCCUCAGUAAUAGAGACGCUGAGGGCAGAAAAGAAUAAGCUACUGGAGAACAUGCAACACAUGCAGCAAGAGCUGAUCUCAAAUGGGUUGUGUUUCCCCUUGCUGUGCAAAUAUAACAGUAACGUUCCUGAAGGGAUGAAUUCGCUGCACUGUGAGCUGGAACUUGCCCAGUCCUCUGAGACGAUCAGGACUGAAUGGACGACCCUGGAUGAAACCCUGGACCGUGAAGUGCUGCUUUUACUUCAGGGGCCCGAAUACGGGGGAGAAAAAUUCAAGACCCUCAUGCAAAACCUGCAAGAGGAAGCCUCUGAAGUGGAGGAGCUGGUCAUGGCUUCGCUGCAGUGGGUAAAAGAUCCUGAGGGGGACACGCAACAAACCUGGGAAAGCAAACUUGUGGUUCUCAAGCGAGAGCUAAGAGAAAAAAGACAUGUUUGGAUCCAGAAACUUCAGCUCUUGGAAAAAUGCAAGGAGAGCUUAGACAAGGAUUUUGUUCGAAUGGCAGGGAACCUGAGGAGAACCAGGACAGAACAACUCCACCUAAGGAAAGAGCUCUCUGCCAGGCAGCACGAGCUGGAAACCGUCAAACAGCUCCAAGAAGAAACUGCUGGCCAGGCAGAAGCCCUCGGUUCAGAGCUUCGGGAAGCUCUGAAGCAGCUCGAGGACGCCAGCAGACACGCGGAGGAUCAAGUUGAAGCGAUUCACUCUGCUCGUAAGGAAGCAGCAUCCUUGAAGAGCAAGUUGGAGGAAGCCAUUUCUGAGCAGCAAAGGCUCAGGGAUGUGAGUGCAGCUUUAACAAGCACUUGCCAGUUGCUUCAGGAAAAGGUGGAACACCAGAAAAAGAUCUGCUGCCAUGGCACCUGGGCUGAAAAGCAGGUGGGGUCCCAAAGCUUCAGAACCUCCUGAUACAAGAUCUCCAGUCUGAGGAGGAAGGAUUUGUAACUCCAGGGGUGCUCCUUUACCAAAGGUGCUGUUCCCACACCUGAACAACUCACCUUAUUCCUAGCGAAGUCAUCCCUCUUUCUUAAGCUUCCUGGAACAAACAGACCUGAUUUAUAUAUAUAUUUUUUAAUAUUUUUUUUGCAUUCUGCCUGCUGCUUGUAGUUGCUCUGUGUUUUUGAAUGACUGCUGUGGCGUUAGGCUGCUCUCUUCAGUGGAAAGCGAUCGUGUCACUGCGUUGUACACGUGCAGCUUCUGCCACAGAGUCACGGAAACUUCAUGCUACCUCUUACUCACUAACCUCCAGAACUUGGGUGACUAAAUAAUGCAGUGGCUGCUUCUCCCCAAAUUCUGGAGUGUGAUCACUUGUCUUACAGAAGAGGAAUCCCACUGACUUAUCCCACUGAACGUUUGGCCUCAGGCGCGAAUUUCCCAAGGCGAUGUUGCUGAUGCUCAGCGUUUAUGUGUGCGUUGUAAACAACUCCAUGUGAAACCACAGCUUGUCUUGUAGGAAACAUCACAUUUUCAUAGGAAAAAUGACCCUUCAGCUUAGCUCUGAGGCACAACUGCUAUGCACUGAUAUGGCAGGAACAGCUCCAGACUGUGCUCACCCACUUGUGAUCCGUAAUUUUGGCACUGUUCACGUGUGUGCUCAUGUUCCUUUCAUGCUCGCUGCUUCUUUUGAACUGUGAAGUUGAUUUUGUUGUUGUUGUUCUUAACAAGAGGCAUAACAGUGGAAAUAGUGUGUCAUUUCCCUGCUCUGAAUAGACAAAGCUCUUCUGCAGAGUGAGCUAGACUAAGUGGAGAGAGAGACAACCCCAGGCAUAUGGACUGGAAUCGCCCAAGUUAGAGAUCUCUGCAAACUAUCUCUAGAUUUAAUACAUUAAACCUGUGGAUUUAAUAGAAUUAAAGUGGCAGAUGUGCAGAGAAGUUGCAAAGCGUUACGAAGAACGGGGCUGAGAAACAAGGCCGGCACUGGGGGAAGAAUAAAAAUGCCUUAUAUUGGCAGAAAGCCACACAGGUCUGGUUCCUCUUCUGACUGGAGGGCUGGGCUGUGGUUUCCUCCCCACCUCCCCACUCCAUUCCCCUACUUCCUCUCACCAGCAUGGUGAGAGGUGAGAAAUUAAGGAACCUGGUAUUCGACCUCAGUCAGCCUGGCACAGCUCCUUCUGUGUUUCAGGUGUCUAAUUGUGCCUUUGCCCCAAAUUGCUCCAGCCCUCAUCCAGUGAAAAUGCUACCCAAGCUGCUGGGAGCUGCUUUCAGUGCUUGGGCACUGAGGUUGCAGUGCUAAUAAACCCCCCCUUCACCCUCCAUAUUAACUGUGGUAUAAAAGAGAUGAUAGAAUUAAGGCAGAACUCACUCGAGGCAGGUCUUGGCGUUGCCAAACUCGAACAACGAGCGCUUCUAAAUAUAACAUAAAGCCCAUCAACUUUAAAACUUCUCUACAGGACAGCAAAUGCUUCUCCUGCAAUAAUUCAUCUGUUUCCACAGUGUUAAUAACGUUGGAAAGCAUUGCCCCCCCUCCACCCUUUACAGCAAGGGGAAAUGUAACCACAGGGAAGAAAGUGUCCGGUGUUUUCUCUUUCCUGUGGAAAAAUUGCUGUGAGCAUAACUAGACUAAUGCAAAUUAUAGUGAGUUCUGAUGGGCUGUAGUCAGGUUUAAAGGUUCUAUAACAUCCAGCUCCUUGUUAUGAGUUUGUGAGGAACCCUGACAGGUUUGUAAAUGUCUCCUCAUAGCAACUGCUCUUGCACUGAGAUGGGAACUGCUUCAGAGGAGCCUCUGUGAGUUGCUGUGUCA